AAUUUACAUACAACGUUUGACGUAACAAUUGUUUAUUUAUUGUAUCUGAGUGGGUCGACCUUGGCGAGUAGGUAUGAAUCAGCUGAUACGCGAUUGACUUGUCAGUCCUCAGUGUCACUACGGCUUUCCUUUGAAACUGUUGUGUUUUUCUUGUGUAUGUUAUGUUAAAGUCGAUAAUUACAUUCGCUAACAUUGUGACGUACAGGAACUUCAGCACAUCUGCCACGAUGACUAGCGUACACAGUGCGUAUAAAGAAGAGGUUCACGACGUGCCCAUGUCUGUGAUCAUGAGGCCUUUCAAACCGGAACUUGACGAGGAGAAGGUCAAGUCGCUCAUGGAGACCAUAGAGAAAGAAGAAAAAUCCGGCGUGGUGCCUCCCAUCGACGUCCUCUGGAUCGUGGGGUCCGAGGGCGGGAACUAUUAUUACAGCUUCGGCGGCUGCCAUCGGUUCACGGCCUACCAGAGGCUGAACAAACCCACAAUACCCGCCAAACUCAUCAGGUCUACCGUCACAGAUUUAAGGACUUAUUUGGGCAGCAGCACGCCUGAUUUAAAGUGAAGUUUUAUUAUCUCUCUUAAACGCUACAUGACCUUAUCGUCAUUUUAAUUUAGAUCCUCAGAAAACAGAAGAUUAUUUCUUAAACCACAAGAUACACACGAUCAACAGUAACAGCAUUACUCAUCGGGAAGAAAUUGCAAUGUAUAACACUGCUACACAACCGGAUUUUUUCUCCCCGCGAUCUGUAACAAUAUUGCAAAUUGCGGUGUGAAUCAACGGGAACAAAACGCCUCUACUAUUUAAUGAUGUAUUUGAUAUAUAAGCAUAGACCAUAUAUAAAAGAAAUAUGCAUGGCAUGGAUUUAAUACGGAGUACCUACUAAUUCCAUGAUGCAUGGACGUCUUAGUUUAAUAAAAAGAAUUACUUUUCUGUAUUCUGAGAUGGACGUAUAAAAAAGAAAGCUACAAAUAAAAUUUUAGUUUAUAUGUUAGAUAUUACACGAGUUACAUACUUGGUUUCUAAAUAACAGUACAUAAUUUAAAAUAAUUGUGAAUUUUAUUACAAUUUAUUUAUAAGUUGUUACCUAUAUUACGGUCUAUAACUGGCAAAAAAUAUGUUUAAUUAACAAUACUGCUCUUUCGCAAGUACUUACUGUACUUACUUAUGUAAAUUUUUGUGCAGCAAAAUGACUGCCUAUGCGCACCGCACUUGUUUUUACUUGCAAACUUGUUCUGUUGACCUUUAAUAACAAUAAAUACAAGUUGUUGUAGGCAUUUCAAGUGCAUUUUUGUUAUGGAAGUAAGUAUUUUAAGAUGUAUUUUUUUCAGAUAAGUAUUAUGUUUGUAAAGUAUCAAUAAAGUGACUUUUUUAUUAUUAUUUACCUUU